CCCUCCCCAUCUACCCCCACCAUUUUCCUUCCCCUCUUCCCCCCUCCGUCACUCUGCUCGAAACACCCUCCAGUCAACGAUGGAGCUGCAGACAUAGCAGACAGGACACACACUCGCCCUGUUCAGUCUAAACUUUCUUCACACAUGGGGGACUUUUCCUGCUGGUUCGCCUCCCAAUGUGCUGUCACACCAACAGACAUCUAUCAAGCCGUUAGAUGAAUGAGGAGGCAUUCUCAGUCUCCUUCCACCAGUUGAUCAAAGAUGUCAUGACGUGACCAGCAUGCAUGACGUCGCUCACGUCUGCUACGAGCUAAAUUUACAAGUAAACAAGCAACUUUAGCAUCUGUUGGUGAGUAACAGACAUUAGAUUCAAGGCUAUUAAAUCGGUCACAACCUAGAAGACGCAUAAUUAAUAUGGGGUUGUACAGAAAAAGUUUGGAUCACAGUCUCCAGGACAGAGCAAGAAUGAAAGUAAGAUGUGGCUGCUCCAUAUUUAGAGUGAGACACAGGUACUUCCUGUUUCUUCUGUCUCUGGUGGCAGUGUGUUUGCUGAAGCUGGUCUACCUCAAAGUGACAGUGUGGGAGAGCACCUAUAUUGACCCCCAUGGAAUCACUGGCAAGCUAUCUGGAAUUCACAGCCACAUGUAUGAUGUCAACUGCACCGCUAUCUACGAACUUGACCCAGUGGAAAUAGGCAAAGCUCUUGAGUUAAAACAAAAAGUUCUUGUUGCAGUGGAUGACGAAAGCACCGUAAGUCUGACCUCGGACUGUCCAACCUUUUUAAAAACGAGACAUUAUAAUAGUGUUGCAAUUUCAGCGGUAGAGCACAACUUUCCGCUGGCUUAUUCCCUGGUGGUGCAUAAAAAUGCACCCAUGGUGGAGCGUAUUCUUCAUGCCAUCUAUGCACCUCAAAACAUCUACUGCAUUCACUAUGACCAAAAGUCUUCUCCAACAUUCAUUAAGGCCAUGGAGAACCUCGCUCAUUGUGUCCCAAGUGUGUUCAUUGCCUCAAAACUAGAAUCUGUUAAAUACGCCCAUAUUAGCAGACUUAACGCCGAUCUCAACUGCCUUUCUGACCUACUGAGGUCAGAGGUCAAGUGGAAAUAUGUGAUCAAUCUCUGUGGCCAAGACUUUCCACUCAAGUCCAACAAUGAACUUGUAAGAGAGCUGAAGCAGCUGAAUGGCAACAACAUGCUUGAGUCCAGCCGCCCCAGUAAGCUGAAGAAACAACGCUUCAGCUUUCAUCAUGAGCUAAAGAAUGUCCUGCAUGAGUACCAAAGUAUUCCUGUGAAAACCGCUAUAGCCAAAGAUAUUCCUCCACAUGGAAUCAUGGUGUUCAUUGGGAGUGCAUAUUUUGUCCUGUCGCGGGAGUUUGUGAAUUACAUAAGCAACAACAAAGUGGUGAAAGACUUUUUGGCAUGGUCAGCAGACACUUAUUCACCGGAUGAACACUUUUGGGCCACCCUUGUCAGGAUGCCAGGAGUACCAGGUCACAUUCCCAGGUUAACUCCAGAUGUCACAGACUUAAAGAGUAAGACACGACUUGUUAAAUGGAACUAUUUAGAAGGGCAUUUAUAUCCACCCUGCUCAGGUAUACAUGUGAGAAGUGUUUGCAUCUAUGGAGCUGCAGAACUUCGUUGGCUCCUCAACGAUGGUCAUUGGUUUGCUAACAAAUUUGACCCUGACGUUGACCCAAUCUUGAUCAGUUGUUUGGAGAAGAAGUUGAUAGAACUGCAGCACUACUACGCACAGAAAUUACACUGAACAUCUGAACUUGGUGGAAACAUGCCUCAAAGUUUUUAAACAUGCGUACAUAACUGUGGAAUGUACUUCUCAUUGUCAUUUUGACAAAAAGUAUUUAAAAAAUGGAAAGUUUGUAAUGCAACUUUCUAUAUGUGGUUGUGCACUCCUUUUAGCAAUACAAAACAUGAUGACUACCAUUUUUUUCCAUGUAUAAUACGCACCCUAAAAAUGGCAUGUUGAUGCUGGAAAAAAGCCUGUACCCAUGUAUAAUACGCACCCAAAUUUACCGUUUUUUUCCGUGUAUAAUGCGCAAAAUUUAACUAAUUUAUUGUCCUAAAAUCUGGGGUGCGCAUUAUACAUGGGUACAAAUUUAAAAAAAAAAAUUUUUGUUCCACGUCUUUGUCGGUCAGUCCUGUUGUUGGUUUUGUUGUACCAUGAUUUUCUUAAAAAAAAAAAAAUCUUUUUAAAAAAAAAAAAAUCUUUUUUAAAAAAAUAAAAAAACAUUGUACCCAUGUAUAAUGCGCACCCCAGAUUUUAGGACAAUAAAUUAGUUAAAUUUUGCGCAUUAUACAUGGAAAAAAACGAUAUAUAUAUUGGUGCGGCGCAUCUUCCAAAUUCACAAACACACUGAACUAGACCAAUGAUCCCGCACAGAAAUGACGAUGCAUGAAUAAUAAUGUAAAUGACGUUAUGCACAUUUUUACACCGAGCACAAUGGCGCCAGUCUACCAAAAUAGACCCCAAAGUGUGUAUCCGGCACGAGGUUGAAUUGAUACAUUGUUGACUUGACAAAAAGAUAAUUUAUUCACCCUGUGAGGUUAAUUACAUUUUCUCAGCAACUACAUCCCAACAAUAGCAGCAACCAUCAAAUAAAAGGGACAAAAUACUAAAGCAACAUUUGAGGGAUUGUCAGGAAGAUUUUACAUCAAUCUGAGCCAAAAGAAAAGUUAACAGAGAUUCAAAGUGUUACUUGUUGUGCCACGGCAGUAAUAAAGUAUAAAUAUUGUAAAUAUCCGCUUCAAUGGUCAAACAACUGGUGCCCAUCCCAAUAUUGAUUAAAGUUCCUCCCACUCUCAGACCUGAGAUCAGUCACAUGGCAACACACCUCCUCCAUAUGAUUUUCUUUGUCCUUUUGUUGAUUGCAAUAAAAAAUGUCCUGUUCUUACA